AUGUCCGACACAAACGGCCCCGGUCCCGGCUCCGGCCACCGCCGCAGCUCAAUCACCCAGGCUGCUUUGUCCAACCUGUUCCAGCGAGGGCCGUCGAAUGGCUCAAGCGGACCUCCCUUCCCCAGCAACGGCAAUGCAGACUCGCAGAGACGGCGCCUGUCAAUCACCACCAUUGGUCUCUCUGGCACCUCUCCCUCAAACAACUCCUCCUUCAUGCGACGUGGCAGCAUGUCCACCAACUCGAAUAAUUCGGAUCCCAUUGACGAGAACGUCAUUGAGGACGAAGAUGCCUUCAACGGCCCUAGAACGGCCCCGACCACGCCUUUUGUUCGCCACAUGAGUUUUGGAGGCAACAAUGCCAUGAGAAACUUGCGCACAGGAGGCAGCCCCGGAAAUGACCAGUUUGGCUUCAAUUGGUCCGAACAGCUUAGAUCCCGCGCCGAGAGCUCCGUCACCGGGGCUCGCCCCUCCUUUUCCUUCCAGGGCACCGGUUCCCACUCUCCACCGAGAGCAAUGCCAAACCAUGACCGCUCAAAGUCCAUCUCCGACAUGCCGCAGCCUCCCGCACAGGCAGCCUCUGUUAAGCCCAAGCAGCCGGAACGCCCCAAGCCCGAUGCUUUCCAGGAGAGAAUCCUCAAGGGCGACUUUUACAUGGACUGA